GUUUGUAUCAUGCAAGAAAGUAAAUCAUGGUGAAAUUUUGUGAUUCAUACAAUUUUAAAACUUCUUUUAUGUUGUGUUUACAUAUUCUCAAAGAUUAGUAAUUUUGCAUGGAUGAUAUAUUUGAUAAGUAUGUAUUUCUUGUUGUAAGAUUUACAUUGAUAUAUUCAUAUAUUGUUAUUUCCAAUUUUGUCUGUUUUAGUAAAAUUGAAUUUUUUGUUUUUUGCCAAUGAAAAAUAAGAACAUGAAAGUAUUUCAUGUUUUUGAAAAUGAUUGUGAAUGAUAAUGAUAAUAUUGUAGGUAUUUUUGAAUUAUUGUGUUUUAAAAGAAAUAGCCAAAGGAUUUAAGUACAAGAAAUACAUAUAGGAAUUAGAUAUAAAAUGAUGUAAGCCCAUUUCAACAAAUUCCCACCCAAAAUGCUAUGAUAUAUUUUUUCCUUGCAGUCUCUUCCCAAAACUUGUAAUGCAUCUAAAAUCCUGAAAAUCGGGUCUCGGUAUGUUCAGUUGUUUGUAUUACUGAAUAAAUAUACUCAGUGUUUGACUAUGUAUAGUUAUAAAGAGUGCAUGGUUCAUUUUACAUGUAAAGUCAUAACUUUGGACAUGUAUCACUGAAGCAAAGUCUUCCAAAAAGUUAGGGGUGGGGAUUCUCAAGUGAAAGUUUGGAGAUGAAAGAUUUUAAAAAUGGAUAUGUCUUACAUGUACUAAAAUCUUUAUAUUCUGUCAUAAUCAAGUUGUAAAGGACCUUUAAAUAAUAGAUUCAGUUGUUUAAUUCCUGUCAUAAAUUUUGGUAACAACUUUUUUUAACAUGAUAUUUGAAACAGUGAUGUUAUUUUUUCCUGCCUUUGGUCUGAAAUAUUGGUUGGAAAAAGUAAUGAUAAUUGAAUUUAUUGCAUUUUGUUUUAAAAGAUAUUUUUGUAAUGUUUAUACUUUUAUAUUUUACAUUUUUUGUCUCUGUAGUGUGCAUAUACUUUAUAGUUAGCAUUUUUGUUUGCUGACUUAAUUUCAGCUUUUCAUAAAGGGUAAAUAGGAUAGUUUACAAUGUAGGUUCAAUAUGACAAAUGUUACUUCAGAUAUGUAAUCCAUAAGAAAAUAACAGAUUUUUCUCGGCUCUUGUUGCUUAAAAGAAAUCAGAAAUCAUGAAAGAAGAAUAGUUUUGGCUACUCAUUUAUUUAUGUAGUGGCAACCUGAGCCUAAAGUAAGCUGGGCAUCCUCUGCAGGUGGAGCUGGGCAGUGGCGGUCAGUGGCCUGAUGGGAGUGGAACCAAGCAAGCCUGGAUCUGCGCCAAUAACAUCAACAAGAUACACAAGUGCCCCUACUGCCAAUAUUCCUCUCUUGUUUUGAAUAAUUUAAAAAGGCACAUGAGUAUUCAUACUGGAGAAAAACCUUUUGCAUGUCCACACUGCUCCUACAGUUGCACAAGAAAAGGAAAUUUAGAAACACAUAUCAGAACCCACACAGGUGAAAAGCCUUACUCAUGCCAGCAUUGCCCAUACCGUUCUUCACGAAUGUUCUCCCUGAAGAGCCACAUGUCCACGCAUCAUCCAUUUGAGGUCAUCUCAAAAAGUCAUGUGAGGCUGGAGAGGGACCAAGUUUGGACUGGUGAGAGAGGAACUUCAGGCAACAGGAGGGGCUACAGCACUACCUACAAGAUCCAUCAGUGCCCAUACUGCCCUUAUUCCUCAAAUGUCACAACUAACUUACGAAAUCAUUUGCAUACUCAUACUGGGGAGAAGCCCUAUUCUUGCCCUUUCUGCUCCUUCUCUUUUGCUACAAAAGACCGUUUAAAGACACACAUUCGCACUCAUACAGGAGAGAAACCUUUUGAGUGUUCUGUAUGCCCAUACAGAUCUUCAAGGAAAGACUCUUUAAAAAACCACAUGUUAACUCAUCAGUUGCACUCCCAACAGGUUGGACUGGACAGUACUGAAGAGAAGAAUAGAAGAAGGAGUUCCACAUCACGAAUGUUGACCAGCUCCAACUACAAGAUGUAUGAGUGUCCCAACUGUACUUACACCACCUAUGUUGCUACCAGCAUGAAAAAUCACAUUCGGACCCACACUGGCGAAAGACCUUUUUACUGUACUUACUGUCCUUUUAGUUCUACAACCAAGGCUAAUCUGCAGAAACAUAUUCGUACCCACACUGGUGAAAAGCCCUUUAAGUGUGUUCAUUGUGACUAUUGUUCCUCAAGAAAAGAUACUCUGAAGAGCCAUAUCCUGAGUCAUCAUUUUUAGACGUAUGAUGAUUAAGAAGUUAGCAGAUGAUUAAAAGUAUGGGGUGGGGAUGGACAGUGAUGACCUGAGGGAUGGCAGAAGAGUUACAGGACCUAGCAUGGAAGUGCCACAUUUCUACAAGACUCACCAGUGUCCUUACUGCACUUACAAUACAAAAUUUACCACAAGUUUAAGAAAUC